GGAGGGUUUAACUGACCGCUCCGCUCAUGUGACAGUCUGAUACCGUGCGGGAAGCAUGUGCGCGAUGGACCGGUGACGCGGCGGCUUUAAUGAGCCGGUUCUGCUGAAAACAAGAGGAUUCGGACUAUACCCCUUUAGAGAACCAUGAGCACUGUGGAGGAGGAGCCGGACCACAUGAUACCAUGAAGAGAAGCCUGCAGGUCCUGCCCCACCAGCUGCUGAGCGUUCUACUGAUUCUGUUUGUGCCAGCUGGGUUGGUGGUCUCCACAGAGGAGCUUCACCCCAGCCAAACCCCUCGGGACCUUGUCUCCAUGUCCACGAGCAGCAGAACCCUUUCACCAGGGCUCUUGAGCUGGCAGGAGGUUUCCAGUACUGGGAAUCUGCACAACCAGGCACUGGCCUCUCUAGAAGCCAUCCGUAGACCCACUGCUGUUGACUUUUUCCAGACACCGAAGACCACUGUACAUUCUGCCAUAGUUCAGACAGCAACAGUAGGGGUCCAUCACUUUGCUCCUAGAGAUCAGGCACAACCAGGAGUCCCCUUCAAUAAAGCGGAAGUGCCUGAACUGACCUCUGGAAGCAUAUUCAGUAGAACAAACUCUAAGGUUUUCAGCACUAGAACCCAAGACCAGAACUUCAGCACUAAUACAGAUAAGCCGAGUACAAUCAGUAGAAAGCCAGUGAACCAAUUCAAGCCCUCUGGUUUGCUUCAUUCAAAUCAAAUCAGUACUACUGGGUUGGUCAGUGAACAGCGAGCCACAAAUUCUGGCUCGGCUCAUUCUUUUGUCUCAGGGACUGAACGUGAUGUGGAAGACACUGGGAAGAUGAACAAACCCAUUGAUCCUAUUCAACAUCAAUCAUCACCUUCAUCCUUUUCACUCUUCAAAACCCACAGAAGCCAGAACGUGAACAAGGUGUCUGUGCACCACACCAUUACAUUGCGAGAUUUGUCGAUUACAGAGAAUCCCACUCUCCCAUUGGAAACUGUGGGAGGAGCUUUGGCACAAACUUACAUAAGGUCUCCUCCUCCAGCUUUAGCCCCACCUUCAAACGACAUUAGCACUGAGAGCGAAAACACUGUCGAAGUUGGCAUCAAUGGAACAACCAACAUGACAGUUGACUUUCUUAUCUCCCCGACUAAUGCCACAGAUGUUCUCAACAGCACUGACUCUUCACGGCCUGCAGCGAAUGAUUCGGAUAUCUCAGAGGUGCCCUCGACAGAUAGUGGGAGCUUCAUGAACAGGCAGGUCCCAGCCACGACACAAGGCCCAUGGGGAUCUGGAAACCAGUCAGGUCCAGCACUAGGUCCUCCUCAUGAAAAAAACACCAUCUGCCUGGACAAAAUGGACAUUGUGUGGUUGGUUCUUGCCAUUAGCGUGCCUGUCUCUACAUGCUCCGUGCUGCUUACUGUAUGCUGUAUGAGGAAAAAGAAGAAGUCUGCUACUCAGGAGAACAACUUGAGCUACUGGAACGAUGCCAUCACAAUGGAUUAUUUCACCCGUCAUGCUGUGGAGCUCCCACGCGAGAUACAAUCACUGGAGGCUGAGGAACAAGAGACGUGUCUGCCCCCUAAUGGAGACUACAGUGAUAGCGGUGUGGUUCUAGUGAACCCGUUUUGCCAAGAGACUCUCUUUAUCAACAGAGACAAGGCUUCUGAUAUCUAAACACAUUAUAUUAAAAAGAGACAAAAUCCCUGACGAUUUUUCUGUCCCUUUUGUUUGCUCGCAUUUUUAAAGAAUACACAUAUAUAUCUACCAAUAAAUAUAUAAACAUAAAUGUGGUGAAUCUUCAGAGACUACGGUUUAUAUACAGUAUGAAACUGGUUUCAAGGAGCUGACAGAAUAUAACGAAAAAUAAAAGAACAAAUGUGAUUUACUAUGAGCGGGAGCCCCUGCAUAUUUUUCUGAUGUGGAUUUUCUACCAACGCUUCAUUGUGAUAAGGGUUUUUAUGUCUUUUUUGAAUAAAAACAGUGUGGUUGCUCUUAUGUUCCAGUGGCUUUGGUGGUGCAGAAACAUGUAAGGAUGCUUGUGUGACGUUACCCAAAACACUUAAUAUGAUUACCCUAAAAAAAGCCUGCCGCACUUGAAUUCAGUAAGGGGAUGGAGGGGUAAAGGGCAUUGAUUCUGAAAUACUUCUGGAAUGAGUCCAGUGGGUACUGCAGCAGCCCUCGCUUCUCUUUUGGAGGAACUUGAGUCGUAUUUUUUGUUUUGUUCGCAUUUGAUGGAGGACAAAUCAUGACUGCUUUGUCCCCAGAUGAGUCACCAGCCAAAAUACAAAAUGACAAUUGUCCCAUAGAUGUUUUCGUGUACGUAAAUGUCUUGUUGCAUGCAUCUUUUCUGAUUUUAGGUGUAUGUGUGUCUUUGAACUAGAUAUCAAAUGGGAUUUCAUUUCAAUCAAGAAGAUUUGGUUGUUACAAACACCCUAAAAUUUCAUUCACCUCAACACCGUUGCACAAGCAAGUAUAAAAGAAUAAAUAAACGCCAAUGAAAUGCCUCAUACAAAGCCCUUUGUAUGGUAAUGCUACUGUGCUCCAUAUUUCACUGUUCAUUUGUAUGUGUUUGUGUUCAACCUCCAUAAGCAGGGCUAAGCAUUAUACUGUAUAACUGUAAUAGAAAUGCAUUCUUUUUAUUAUAAUUAUUAUCAAACCACUAUAUUUGUUUAUUUGCUACGUCAUGCUCUGAUGAAAACGGCACUACUAUUGCUUCACAGGUUGGCUAAAUAUAUAUAUAUUUUGUUAGAAGAUAUAUGUUUUUUUCCUAGUGAAGCGUGAAUGAGCGUGCUUGUGGUUCUGUCUGUCUGUCUGUUUGUCUAUGUCUCUUGUGUGAACAUUGACAACAAUAAAUGAGACCAAAAUAAAUUCUCUUUGAUUGCUUACUGCUAUAUUGUACUUUUAGAUGAAUGUCAAUGAUAUCACUGGAUGUAAUAGAGUGUAAUUGUUAGAUAUAAAGAGACAUACAGAGAAACUAUUUUGUUUUGUACUUUCUUCAUUUCAAGACCAUAUCGUGAUCUUUUUUCUUUAUACAUAUCUUAUUUUUGUUCUGAAUGCUUAGCAGACUUUGGUAACACUUUAGUUUAAGUCACACAUCACAGUAUUCGGAAGUCAAACACUCCUUGCUUUAUAAAUGACUAAUUAGCUGUUUAUUAAUAGUUAGUAAGGUAGAAGUUGGGUUUAGGUUUUGGGUAGGACUAGGGAUGCAGAAUAAGAUUAUACUUUAUAUCUACUAAUGAACAGUUAAUAACUUAAUAAUAGACAAUAAGCUAGUAGUUAAUAGCAUGAAUUGUGACCUAAACUAAAGUGUUACCCAGACUUUUUAUAUGUAUGUGGUUUUAUGAUCUUUUUUGUUCUGUUUUUUUUUUUUUUUUUAUUGUUUACAUCCAGUUUUAUUACGUUGUUUGCUGGCAUGGGUUUUAUAUAUGUAAGGAGAUGGAGGUAUUUGCUCAGCUGACAGGAAAAAAUGCUCUCACAUAUUAUGAAUCAUGUCUAAUCUUUUUGUAGCACAUAAACUGUACUUUUUACUGCUGAGCAAUACAAAUAAAAAAGGCUUUAAAGGCU